AUGUAUUGUGUUAGGGAUAUCAUGAUAACACAUUUUGAACCUUCAAUCUCCUUUGAAGGUCUUUGUAAUGAAGUUCGAGAUAUGUGUUCUUUUGACAGUGAGCAGCUUUUUACCAUGAAAUGGAUUGAUGAGGAAGGAGACCCAUGCACGGUGUCAUCUCAGUUGGAGUUAGAAGAAGCAUUUAGGCUUUAUGAGCUCAACAAGGAUUCUGAACUCCUAAUUCACGUCUUCCCUUGUGUACCAGAACGCCCCGGAAUGCCAUGUCCAGGAGAAGAUAAAUCCAUCUACCGCCGAGGUGCCCGCCGCUGGAGAAAGCUUUACUGUGCAAAUGGCCAUACUUUCCAAGCGAAGCGUUUCAACAGGCGUGCUCACUGUGCCAUCUGCACUGAUCGGAUAUGGGGACUCGGACGCCAGGGAUAUAAGUGCAUCAACUGCAAACUCUUAGUUCAUAAGAAGUGCCAUAAACUCGUCACAAUUGAAUGUGGGCGACAUUCGUUGCCACCGGAACCAAUGAUGCCCACGGAUCAGUCGUCCAUGCAUUCAGACCAUGCCCAGACAGUCAUUCCCUAUAAUCCGUCAAGCCAUGAGAGUUUGGAUCAGGUUGGUGAAGAAAAGGAGGCAAUGAACACCCGGGAAAGCGGCAAAGCUUCUUCGAGUUUAGGACUCCAAGAUUUUGAUUUACUCCGAGUCAUAGGAAGAGGAAGUUACGCCAAAGUACUGCUGGUUCGAUUGAAAAAAACAGAUCGUAUUUAUGCCAUGAAAGUUGUGAAAAAAGAACUUGUCAAUGAUGACGAGGAUAUUGAUUGGGUCCAAACAGAGAAGCAUGUUUUUGAGCAAGCAUCCAAUCAUCCUUUCCUGGUCGGGCUGCAUUCUUGUUUUCAGACGGAAAGCAGGCUGUUCUUUGUUAUUGAGUAUGUAAAUGGAGGAGACCUCAUGUUCCACAUGCAGCGACAGAGAAAACUUCCUGAAGAACAUGCCAGAUUUUACUCUGCAGAAAUCAGUCUAGCAUUAAAUUAUCUUCAUGAGCGAGGAAUAAUUUAUAGAGAUUUGAAAUUGGACAAUGUCUUGCUGGACUCUGAAGGACACAUUAAACUCACUGACUAUGGCAUGUGUAAGGAAGGGUUGCGGCCUGGAGAUACAACUAGCACUUUUUGUGGUACUCCUAAUUACAUUGCUCCGGAGAUUCUAAGAGGAGAAGAUUAUGGUUUCAGUGUCGACUGGUGGGCUCUUGGAGUACUCAUGUUUGAGAUGAUGGCAGGGAGGUCUCCGUUCGAUAUUGUUGGAAGCUCUGAUAACCCGGAUCACAACACAGAAGAUUAUCUCUUCCAAGUUAUCUUGGAAAAACAAAUCCGAAUACCACGUUCUCUUUCUGUAAAAGCUGCAAGUGUCCUGAAGAGUUUUCUCAACAAGGAUCCGAAAGAACGGUUGGGUUGUCAUCCUCAGACUGGAUUUGCGGAUAUUCAGGGACAUCCAUUCUUCCGAAAUGUUGACUGGGACAUGAUGGAGCAGAAGCAGGUGGUCCCACCCUUUAAACCAAAUAUUUCUGGAGAAUUCGGUUUGGACAACUUUGAUUCUCAGUUUACUAAUGAACCCGUCCAGCUCACUCCAGAUGACGAUGACAUUGUGAGGAAGAUUGACCAGUCUGAAUUUGAAGGCUUCGAGUAUAUCAAUCCUCUUCUGAUGUCUGCAGAAGAAUGUGUCUGA